AUGAAGAUUGACGGCCGCACCUUUGUCAUCUCCGGCGGCGCCUCUGGCCUGGGCCGUGCCGUCGCCGAGGACCUCGUCCGCCACGGCGCCAAUGUCGCGCUUCUCGACCGCAACGAAGACGACGGCCAGGCGGUGGCGGCGGCGCUCGGCGGCGACGCGGUCGCCAAGUUCUGGCCCGUCGACGUCACCGACACGGCGUCCAUCACGGCCGCCGUGGCGGGCGUCGUCGCCUGGAUCCAGGGCACGACCAAAAAGCCGCUGGGCGGCGUGGUGCCGGCCGCGGGCGUCGGCUUCCCCGGCCUGCUCCUCGACCGCAAGCUGCGGCCGCUGCCGCUGGCCCACUGGGACGUGGUCCUCAACAUCAACCUGCGGGGCACCCUUGACCUCGUGCGCCAGGUGCUGCCGUACAUGGGCGGCGCGGACGAAACGGACGGCGUGGUGGGCGCGCCCGACGGCGCCGACCAGGAGCGCGGCGUCGUCGUCAUGGUGGCGAGCUCGGCGGCGUUUGAGGGCCAGAUGGGCCAGGUGGCGUACGCGGCGAGCAAGGGCGCGGUGGCGGCCAUGACGCUGCCGAUGGCGCGCGACCUGUCGAAGCACGGCAUCCGCGUCGUCACGAUUGCGCCGAGCAUGUUUGACACGAGCAUGACGGCCGCCAUGACGGACAAGGUGCGCCAGAGCCUGCUCAAGAGCAUGGAGUUCCCGCCGCGGCCGGGGCGCGCCGACGAGUUUGCCGCGCUGGCCCGCCACGCCAUUGAGAACACGAUGCUCAACGGCGUCGUCAUCCGCCUGGACGGUGCCAGCCGGAUGCCGGCGCGGUUGUAG